AAAAAAAACAAACCUUUGUUGUGCGUUCCUUUAUUUGCAUGUGCAACAAGUGAAGAUUAUCUGAAUUAAUUAAAUAAUGCAACCAUUAAAAGAGCAAUUGGAUGCAUGCCUGCAUAUGCUAGAUUGUAGUAGAACUACUAAUAGGGCGGACAAAAACUGGUUAAAUGAAUUUUGCGCAAAAUUUUUAACGUUUGCAAGUGAUUUGCAAAUUUAUAUAAAUAAACGAUUGGAACUGGAGGCAGUGGAAAUUAUUUGUCUAUGCCUAACGCAAAUUCUGAUAUGUGUUAGACAAUUGGAGUGUACAAUUCAAACGGAGGAGGCGAGUGGCUUAAGGAUUCACGCUAGUCAUUUACAAUUCACUGAUCGCAUCACAGUUUGCCUUAAUCGGCUACGCAUUUGCCUGCUGUCCAGUGCUAAUGGAGCUACCCAAGAUAACGCCACAGAAGGUGUUUCCUUUGUUAAGCUCCUGGAUUCAUUGCUUGAUUUGUUAACAGAUUUCACAAGCGAACAUGUAGAUAAAAGCUCCAUUGAUGUGAAGCUCUUGAGUAAACAAGUCAAGUGUCAAGUGGAUUUGCUGUUAGGUCAAACGUUGUCCUUUGCCAAUGUGGCCUUGCAACAGGAUAAAAGAGCACUAAGUGCGCUUUGUCAAAGGGUCAUGCGCGAUUGCAGCGCCUUUCAAGAGGACUGUCUUCUAGCCAACAACUAUUCGAAUCAAAAACUGAGAGCCUUAACCUUGGAGCAGGCGCUUUGUCAACUCGAAGAGUAUCUAAACGAGGCUCUCCUACGUUUGGUCUACACUUGCUUUUUGGACUUUCAAAAAAUAUCGGUAGAUAAAAUACGCAAUUUAUUGAGAAAUUCGAAGACGGAAGCGUUAGCUGAUGAAUGUAUAGCCGAUUUCGAUGUCAAUUUGGAUCGUGCAACACAGAUUGGCAUUUAUGCAAUAGCAUUUGCGCCCAAUUUGAAAGUUAAAACCAUCGUUCGCAGCUGUUUGGCUUCCUUUGAAUAUUUGGAUACCAGUUUAAUACCCUCGCUGCAGUCGAAUGCAUCUGAUUUACAUUCCGAGCUAUUGGAGCAGCAUUUUAAGGAGGAAAUGUCCAGAUUUAAGCAAGCUCUGCAAGAGAUUAUAAAUAGCCGCGCAUUUGUCGCUUGUUAUCUGCAAAUACUAACGAAUGCGCUCAAUUCAAUCGAGAAACAAUUCGAUAAGACGCAACUGGAGGAUCUGUUGCAAAUGGGUUUCUCAAUACUUGAACACUUUCAGCUAGAUGCCAAUCGAAAGGUGGUGCUGCAGCCAGGACAAGAGCAGCUGCAAAAUUUUGUGAAAAUUCUGCGCGAAUGUAAAGCGAUUCUAAUGUGCGCCGCCCAAGUAGAGCCCGAGCGCAUUAUAAAGAGAUUUAAGAUAUUACGCAACAUUCUGCGUAAGCUACACACGAACAUCGUCGACGAACAGAGUAAACCAACGGGAUUUAGAGAUAAAGUAGAGCUGACUGUGGAGCCAGGCGAAGAAGAAACUGGCAGUCUGCAAGGUCUAACAGCCUCUCCAUCACGCAGCAUACUUUACAAUACUCAGAAGCAACGGAGUAGAGCGAAUAGCAGUAAGCUAGAAGAAGCUCAGAUGGAGCGAAUGCAAUCUGACUAUCUUAAGCAGAAGGCGCAGAACUGUAUGCGAAGAAAAGAGAGCCUACGCACUACGAUGUUUAAGCGACAAAAUGUAUUUGUAAGCGCUAAGCUGCAGACAACCAACGAGAGUCAAUCGGCCAGCUUAGAAAUUAGUGAAAUUCUCAACCAACUUACAUGCCUCACGUCCAGCUUCAGCAUGAGCCUGCAGGCGAAGUAAAGAGAUUUAUUUCGAGCAUCGUAAAUUCAUUCG